CUGAUUCAGCUAUCUAUAUGACGUCAUGCAUGCGCUCGGAAUUUGAAUCCUGCGCGAUCGACGCUGGCUGAGUGUGGCGGCCGGGGCGGCUAUAACUUUUGCCACCUCGUUUUUUUGGGGCUGGAAAUCUUUUUUUGGCCUCGCUCGUCUCAGCCUUCGUCCCUGGACAAUUUGUUGGUGCCUGAUCUUCCCAGUGUCUUUGCCGGAAUUUGGAGAAAUAGAGCACGCGGCUGCUCACGGGAAAGUGAGAGAAAGAACGAAAAUCAACACAUGGAGGCGUCUUUCGAAAGGCGUCUGAUGGAGACGUUGAACGGGAACCGCCUGCCAUCUCCAACUCACUGUGACCACACGACCCUCGGCCACUCCACGCACUCCUCUGUGGGACGCACACACCCUCUCCGUCCCCCUGUUCUACGAACCCCUCUCUCCUCCACCAGCCAUCAAGAGUGCAUACUAUGACAGAUAUUCCCAGUCGUGCGUCUCCCCACGAGAUGUCUGUUUGUGUUCUCCCAUCUCUCCCCUGCCUGACCUCUCCUCCAAUAGAAGAGAGCAUGUCACUGAGCCACCACAAGUGAGAAGCCCUCAACUACCAGUGGCUCACUGCAGAACGAACUGCCGCACAGACACCUCACCGACCCGACGUUCCCCGACCCUCAUUCAGUGUCGCGAGGAAGCCCUCUAACCAUAAUCUCACCGUCCAAGUCCAAUGUUUUAAAGUAACUCAGCGGUCCGAAAGCUAGAUCCUCUGGCACCAUACUCAAUUUCACCCAUCAGUAAGAGCAGUUCCCAGCUCCUCCUGUCUCCUCGGAGACUGUCCCGCAAGAUACCCAAGGCCCCGUUCAAAGUGCUGGACGCCCCGGAGCUCCAGGACGACUUCUACCUCAACCUCCUCGACUGGUCCGCUCUCAACCUCCUGGCCGUGGGGCUCGGCUCGGCUGUCUACCUCUGGAACGCCUGCACGUGCCAGGUCAGUUCAAUUGCGUGGAACAAUGACAUCAUUACAUCUGGUAGCCGCGACAACAGCAUUCUGCAGUGGGACCACCGAUCGCCCCAGGGGCCAACUCGUAAACUGACCGCCCACACGCAGGAGGUGUGCGGACUGAAAUGGUCGCCCGACCAUCAGCUACUGGCGUCCGGUGGAAACGAUAACAAACUGCUGGUGUGGAACUUGACCUCUCCGACCCCAGUGAAGUGUCACACAGAGCAUACGGCAGCUAUCAAGGCCAUCGCUUGGUCCCCUCACCAGCAUGGGGUCCUGGCCUCUGGAGGAGGAACUCAAGACAGAACUAUCAGAUUCUGGAACACCCUCACUGGCCAGCCACUGCAGAGUAUCGACACCGGCUCUCAGGUGUGUAACCUGGCCUGGUCGAGGAGUACCAACGAGGUGGUCAGCACUCACGGUUACUCUCAGAACCAGAUCGUUGUCUGGCGCUACCCGUCCCUCACUCAGGUUGCUCGACUCACAGGACACUCAACCAGGGUCCUCUACCUCGCCAUGUCUCCAGACGGUCAAACAAUAGUAACUGGUGCCGGGGACGAGACUCUGAGAUUCUGGAACGUCUUCUACAAGUCUCGAUCUCUCAAAGAGCCAAACUCGCCACUCGACAUGUCCACUUUCAUUCGGUAUUCGGUGAUUGAUCGCAGUAGCCUCUCUCUCCCUCUCGUUUACCCUGUGAUUGAUGUCCGCUGAUCUAUACUCAUUCUUCAUAUCAGAGUCAUAUUAAUUAUAUCAUCAUCGCUAUCAUCAUUAACGCUCGAAUCUUGUUCUCGCUACUAGUGACUGUUUGUCGAUCUUUAGCUAUUCCAACUUUUUCCAUCAUUUAUCUUCAUUUUUGUGUAGUGAUUUUCAUUGUCAUGUGCUUUGAUGUACACAAAUUAAUACAGAUGAAAUGAUAAUUUAGAUGCUAUUUGCAGAAGUUGCUUUGCAGACCCAUGCCGUCACAUUCUAUUAAAUGAGCACCACCAUCCAACUUUCUUACAUUGAAAAUUGCCUGACAAGAGACAGAGAAAAGGGUUAACGACAGUGAAAGAAGACAGAUAGUAUAAUUAUUCAAGGGAGAGGGAUUAGCUUGUAGCUGUGUUAUCGGCUUCACUGGUGUGAGGGUCCUAGCGAUGUGGAUGGCAGUCUUGGUGUGAAGGGAGAGAGGACCUGUUCGGACCACUGAUCUCCCCUUCGCCAGAGCCAUCAGCACUAUCAGCU